CAUUCAUCCAUUAAUUUAUAACAAUCACCUAUAUCCGAACCUUCUCUUCUCGUCACUUUCUUUUUUCUUUUUCUCUUCAUUUGCAAGAAAAUGUCAAAAGUUAGUAAAGCAGAAAACGGAGAGCAAGAACAAGAACAAUCCACAAUCCAUGGAGACAUCCUAGAAUCCAUAGUCACUCGUGUUCCUCUCAUCGACCUUCUCUCUACAUUCCAAGUCUCCAUAUCUUGGAACCGCGCUGUUUUAACUUCUCUUCAUCGUUUCAACAGAAUCAAACCAUGGCUUAUCCUCCAUACGCAAGCCACACGGUCUCCUUACUCCACAGCCGCACACGCCUACGAUCCUCGCUCGGACGUCUGGGUUCAAGUUCAGCAGCCUCCAAUCAGUUACAUCUCAGCCCUCCGAUCCUCUCACUCCACACUCCUCUACAUGUUAUCUCCUUCUAACUUUUCAUUCUCUUUCGACCCUAUGCAUUUGAUGUGGCACAACGUGGACGCCCCACUUGUUUGGAGAACGGACCCUGUUGUUGCUGUUGUUGGGCACCGUGUCGUUGUAGCCGGCGGUACAUGUGAUUUCGAGGACGAUCCUUUAGCUGUGGAGAUUUACGACAUGAAGACACGCUCGUGGGACACAUGUGAGUCCAUGCCAGCUUUCUUCAAAGACUCAGCUUCCUCAAUGUGGCUUUCAACAGCUGUACAAGGUAAUAAAAUGUACGUUGUAGUGAAAAGCACUGGCGUCGCUUACUGGUUUGACCCAGAAGCUAAGUCUUGGUCUGGACCUUAUAGUCUGUGUCCUGACACAAAUGUGAGCUGUUGUUGCAUUGGAUUCGCUAAUGGCCGUCUGAUUCUUACUGGUCUGACUGGGGACAAUGAGGGUACAGUUAGUAGCGUGAGAUUAUGGGAGCUAAACAGCGAGUCAAUGGAGCUAUGCAAAGAAAUGGGCGAGAUGCCCAGUCUUUUAGUAGAGAAGCUGAGAGGUGAGAUUUUGAGUACAGUUGUGAAUGUGAUGGGUGAUUUUGUGUUUGUAAUCAGUACUUCGGCUCUUGACGAGGUGCUCCUAUGCGAGCUAGGCGGCGCGUGUAAUAGUUGGAGCAGUGUACGAAAUGCGGUGGUGAACGAUAAGUGUCGGUUGAGCCAAAGAUUGGUGUUCACAUGUGCUAACGUGGGCUUGGUCGAUUUGCAUAGAGCGACAGCAGCUAAUGGCAGGCGAUUCAGUAUUGUAGAAAGCAUGGGAGAGUGAGUAAUACGAGUGUUCUAUUCCUAUAGUUAAGCAUUGAAUGAUUGAGUUUUAUUAUUUAAUUAUUCAUUUGUGGCCUUGAUGAAUUUAAUAGAAAUGUGUAUGUAGGUACCCAAUACUCUAAUAAACUCAAAUUUAAGCAUAAGCAUAUCUCUUGUAAUCCAAUUUACCACUGAUAUGGAUGCAGGAUAUGCAUAAGCUGUAUAGUUGGUAUCAUUUAAUGUAUGAUUCAAUUAGCAGUCCAGUUUCAACUUAA